UCCACACGCCCCAUCUCCCCUUCCCGUCCACAUUUUCCCAACUCUUUCACCACUCUGCCCAACGUCGACAGCGACGAGAUCACCUUGAUUUAUAUUCCCGUCGAAAGACGCCGGGAUUGAGCUCGACGAGACCUUUUUGUUUCCUUGACAAAACUCCCGCCUUCUUUCCCCCCAAAGAGGACGAAUAGCCGUGCCCGUUUUUUCCCCAGGAGGAAAGUGGAACGUUCAGUCGCAAUGUAUCAGGAUCAGCGAGGUUUUUACAGGUAUAGAGCACCCACUUUGGUUUGCUUUCAAGGAAGCCAUCUCGAUUGAGGAGGAUUCUUCGUAUAUUUGCUCUUUUUCCGUAUCUCUUUUCCCCCGUACCCUUCCCACUGUCCUGUUUGCUGCUUGUCAUCAACACUGCCAAAGGGUAAGUCGUACGAACGCGGAGGGAGAACUGGAUGGCCCCUUCCAGGACGUGUUUGCACCGUAGAGUUUUGCUCUCGACUGCGGAUAUUCCCCACGUUUUCCGGGACGCUUGGAUGCCAUAGGAGCCGUGAUCCUCACUCGAUAAUACCUCGGGAUUUCCCUGGUCCACAUCGUCCUUCCUUGGAUCUCACUUGCGCAAAGGAUUGAAUUGUUGGGCUCUGUCUGGAAGUGAUCCAGAGCCUUUUAUUUCAUACUUUCCCAGCACUGAAUGUAUGUUCGACAAAUUCAGUACGACAUUUCGCCGCCCCACGAAAUAGUCUGGUCAAUGAUUUCAACAAGUCGCUCCAGGGCGCAAAUCAAGUCUAUCGGCUCAAGAACGAACGCUUCGUGGACCUAAUGUCCUCUUCUCUUGACCAUAGACUGUCAGCUACUGCUGUAAUCUAUGAUUGUGUAGGCACCCCAGGAUGGACCCGUCGACAUCCAGCGCCACCUGGAACUGCUGACGGCGUAUCUCCAUUGUCCAGCCAAUAGUGUGUAGGCUACUCUCCCCGGAGAAUAUCCCAUUAGGAAAGAUUUGGGCCAUCACCUCCUGGUAAUUCAACCCGCUUACUUUCAGGACACUCUCAACGAAGCCAAAUUUCCCAGGGACGAGAGGAAAGGUGAGCCAUUAAAGGUCGUGCCUGGUCGGGUCGUUUCGGCUGUUGUAGAAAAGCACUUUCUUUCUAGGAUUCUAGGACCCGGUUUGCCUAAGGUUCCUCCCAAAGUCUUGAUGCAAUGUACACAUGCCGGGAGGAUCGCACCAUGGAAAUCCCACACGGACCAGGAUCUAACCAAAACUAGGCCAUGGAAGGACGUCUUUAAAUGGUAGAUUUGGAAAAUGCAGCUACGCUGCGGGUGCAUAGUUUGGCUGGCGAAAAUGCCACAAACUAGUUACCGAUUCCCAAAGUGAAUUGGCAUCAUUCAGAGUCUUGCCAAUGCAAUUCUCCAGGAUCCAUCGUGCGCCAAGGUUAUCUACGGGACUCCCAUUUACACUCGUUGUCUGGUCGAAGAGGUGCUUCCGGUUCGUCUUUCAACUGUCGAUGUUCAGAGACUGUUGGCCGACCAUUUAGGGUGGAGCAACUGUUGGCUAGCAACUUGUCGACACGAGAAACUCAGACCGCACCAUUGCAGUGUUUUUUUCUUUUUUACUAUCAGAUCAAUUUCGUAUAUUGGAUACUUGAAUCCUUUGAUGGCCAGGCCCAUGUGGAUACUAAUAUUCUUGUGCAGCCAAAACUUACCAGAUUCUUUCAACCCAGUCUACAACAUCAACCAGUGGCAAGCUGGGAUGGAGAACUGCCAAAGUAAUACGUACCUGGAUCCUCGAGUGGACAUGGACAACAACUCGCAAGGCGAUUGGAACUCAUCAUACGCCCAUUCCAAUGCUACAUCCGAAUACGAGCUGUCCCAGUACAGCACGUUGAAGCAUGGGCAAGCGCCGUACACUCAAGCCUUCGCUAGUUCAAGGAGGGCAUCUGCACGAUCCGCUGCGCCAUCUCAGAGUUAUACUGACAGCGGUUUCUAUUCAUCCUAUUCGCAGGACUUGGAGAUGGAAUCCUUCCCCUACUCUGCACAUGAUACUGAAUUCAACGUCGACCUGUCCUCGCACAUUGGGCAGACUUACCCGGAUUCUCCAUCCGCCUCAGAUGUAGACAACACCGGCUACUCCAGCGAGGCUUCUACACCAGCUCGCAACCACCCGCUAUACAAUGCUCGUCCCAGCGAAGACGGUUUAUAUCAUUGCCCUUUCGCCAAUGAGGGCUGUAGUCACGAGCCGAAGCAGCUCAAAUGCGAGUAUGACAAAUACAUUGAUUCCCACAUCAAACCAUUUCGCUGCCGACAUUCCAAAUGCGCAGACCUUCAAUUUUCUUCCACUGCGUGCCUUCUUCGUCAUGAACGUGAAGCUCACGAAAUGCACGGACAUGAGGAGUCAUUGUGCGAAUACCCACCGUGCAACCGAUCCGUACCAGGUAACGGAUUCCGCCGGUCCUACAAUUGCAAAGAUCACAUGACUCGAUGCCACGGUUGGGUCGACCAAAAUCCGCAGGAGGGCAAGAAGAGGCGCUCUGCCACCACAAGCUCCAGCGGCUCCAAAGCUAACAAGGCUAAAGCAAGCACCAAACUUCCAAGUAAGCGGCAACAAAUCAUGCAGCUUAAGGCAGAAUGGGCGAAGCGCAAGGAGAACUUAGAGAAGCUUACCAAGGGCCUGGAGUUCGAUGGACCUCUGUUUGCCAUCGCACUUACGCAAAUUAACAGUGAGAUGCAGACAAUGAGAAGCAUUCAGCUUGAAGUGUCCAAGUUGACGGGCAGAGGGCACAUAGAGUGAUGAAAAAAUGUCAAGGCUCAAAGCGUGAACUUAUUCAAUGAUAAAUGCUCUGUCUUCAAAAGAUGCCGUGAAUGGACAACCUAACUUGGUGGUUGUCAAGACAUCAUUGGCUACAGGAGAAGCCCUAUGUUCCAGGCUAUAGCACUUGUGCUUCCGGCAAACCUACAGCAGACAGCUAGAAAGGCGGAGUAAUAACCAGUUUCUCCUGUCGCGUAUGGUCUGCAAUGCCAGGAACACUCGAAGUUCGCCCAGUGCUACCGAGUCGGACUGUGGGUCUGAGCGCAUCUAGAAUGUUGUGGUCUGGACGGAUUGAGGAACCGGAAGAAGGGUGGGAAGUGGUGCUGCACUGGAUCUCGACUACAUCCUUUGGCUGUCUUUGAUGGCUGAUCCACGCGGCCGCGAAAGGUUUGGAGGGAGAGAUAUUUUUGUUUUGAAUUUCGAAGUGUUGUUGUUUCUGUUCGUUUUGAUCGGUUUCAUGUGCCUUAAGUUAGUAUCACAGUCAUUCACCACGUACAAGGUUGAUGAGCAAGUGCCUGAACGCUUCACGAACCAUCUCCAUAUGGUGCGGACGUCGUCAUUUGUCUUGCUGCAAACGCGCCGUGUACGCACAGGUAUGGAAGCUGUUCGUCGCAUGUAUGCUCUCCGCCUCAUGCGAGCUGCUUCCCGUUUAGGGCGGGGAGAAACUGAAACCAACUGAUUUGGCCUGACAACGAACAAAAUAAAAAAGAGGUUUCAUUCAGUCACGCUACUUUGUGUGUGGAGUGAGCGAGCGGCGCGGGUUUGCUGGUCGUCCGAUUGCCGGCACGAGCCUGGAUGGGCGUUAAACGGCAGCGAUGUGUUGAGUAGAAAAGAACUACAGGAAAGAACGACUGGGAAGUCGAGGAAUGACGUGAUGAUAUCACAAUCCUCCUCGUCGGAAGGUAGUCGCGACCGCUGGCUCUGUGGUGGAAGUUUCUAACUGCAUCUCACCGGCAGAGCAGACAAAAAAAAAAUAAAUCUGACAUUA